AUGCCCGGAAAGAGGAGUGCCGGGUCACAAAUUUGUCGGAUCUCUAUUGCAGCUAUGAAGAUUCCUGAGGACCUCACAGCAUUGCAAAAUAAUGCUUACUCGAGAAAUGCACUAAGUCUAGUGCAGCUGCUCAGCCAAGUGAAAUGGCAGAUACUGGGCGUCCUAUUGAUCACCUUCAUUACCUACCACUACAUCACCAACAGACCGCCUCGCGUCCCCCUUGUUCUCGAGAAAGAAAUCUCAAACAAGCUCGAACGUCAAUCUGCCUACUUCUUCAAUACCUUCAAUGUUCUUCAGAAAGGCUACAGGGAAUUCGGCGACAGGAUUUGGGGCGUCGACACGAACCAAGGGCUGCGACUUGUCUUGCCGUUGCGUUACCUAGAUGAGUUGAAAAGCCAUCCUGCGAUCAAUUUCGCCGACUCAAUUAGUCGCCAUGCAUUGAUUGAGCACACUGGCCUUGGGGGACCCCCGGCAGCAGCUGUACACAUCUUCAAGGCGAAGCUCAACCCUACCUCGUCAGAGUACCUGUCGAUUUUCCACGACAUCAUCAAACGUGAACUGCCACUCGCCUUUCCGCAAAAUGAAGACUGGACCGAGACGCAUGUUUUCGAACGAAUGCUUCGCAUUGUGAGUGUCAUGUCUGCAAGAGCGUUCUACAGCACCGAAGGGAGCAAGGACGAGCACUGGCUGGAGCUUUCACAAGCAUACGUUUCGACUAUCCUCGAUUACCUUCAAAAGCUGAAGCGGUGGCCCGAGUUUUCACUUCCUAUUGUCAAAUUCUUUUUGCCUGAGAGGGCAAGGGUGAUUCAACAAUGGAACAAAGCUCACGCCCAUCUUUCGAAGACCCUCGAAGCAAAGGCCGGCGGCAAGCAAGACAGUCCACCAUCACUGCUUGACCAUCUUAUAAACGGCAGAAAAGUAACUGUGGACGAGAUGAUUCAUACGCAAAUGGCGUUCGUGGUGGCUGGAAUCCAUACGACUGCGGCGGGGCUCACCCAGUUCUUGUAUGAUCUUGCUGUACGCUCGGAGGAUAUUCUCGAACUGCGAGAGGAAAUCCGACAAGUCUGUGCGGGCUGCGAGGGGGCCUUUACGAAGAAGUCCCUCGGCGAGCUGAAGAAGCUGGACAGCUGGAUGAGAGAAAGCCAGAGGCUGUGUCUCUCGGUGUCCACCACUUUCCAGCGCAUUGCAACAAAGCGAUUCCGUCUCUCGGAAGGUCUGUAUAUUCCCAAAGGUACCCGAUUGGAGAUCGCAGCCGCAUGCGUCCAUGUCGACGAGGCAUUCUACGAGAACCCGGAAGUUUUCGACGGGCAGCGUUCCUUCAAAUUACGACAGGGAGAAUCGCAGGCAAUGAAGCAUCAGUACAUCAGCACCGGUAAGACCGAUCUCCGAUGGGGUUACGGCAGGCACGCGUGUCCGGGAAGGUUUCUAGCGGAUGCCGAGAUGAAGAUGCUGCUGUCGGAGCUGUUGCUCCACUUCGAUAUCAAAAAUCCCGAGGGGCAGGGAAGACAUGCGAACAUUACCUUUGACAAUAAUGUUAUGCCCGACCCUACAAAGACCGUCAUGGUGAAGUCGGUGAAGGGGUGGUAG